AUGGUAGCGCAUGAGCAGGACAUAACAGAUAAUAUACUGCAGUACCAGAUAGAUCUAGCUAGAGACCUUCGGAUCCGCAGAAUAUGCAUGAUUGAAAGAAAGGUUAAACGAGGAUAUGAUAUCUCUAGAAGCACACUUAGGACGCUUGGCCUGGAUCCAUCUGUCCUGCCUCUCCCAUCGAUGGAUAACUACAUUGUCUACAACUGUCCAGAAAAGGAUCUAGAAGACCUAAAGACAGAGCACAUGACAAAGCGCCAUGUGUCAACUGAAGAGGAGACCAGAAAGAUAUAUGAAGAAAUAUGCAAGAGAUCUGUUCCAAAGGCGCACAAGAUACUUGUCCAGAAUAUAGCAACUAAGCAGGCGCAGCACAAGAAAAUAAGCACAGUUUGCCAAAGAGAGCUCAAGAGAGCACUGACAAAAACAGCAAAGACAAACCCCUUCCUGAAAGGCAAGAGAAUAACAAAAGAGCUGCAGGCAUUUUUCAAGCGCACAGAAAGGUCUACGCGUGACAGAAAAAAGAAAGAGGAGAAGGAGGACUAUGAGAGAAGGAAGAAGGAGGAAGAGAAGAAGGAAGAGCUUAGGCAGGAGAAAAAACUUAACUUCCUUAUCACACAGACAGAACUCUUCUCUCACUUCAUUCUAGGGCGGGAGAAAAGUGACCUUCCAAAUGAAGAGUCAAAGAUGGCAAGAAUGGCAGCUGAGAAGCACAGGCUGGCAGUCCAGGAAUUUGACUCCUCAAAGGUUCCUGAGGGCCCAAGUACCCCGAAAAGGGUGCCAGUUUACAAUAACUCAACACUUCCCUUGGCAGAGUCAAUUCGCAUUCCGCGCAUGCUCACAUGCACCCUGAAGGACUACCAAAAAAGAGGCCUGGAGUGGCUUGUCAGUCUGUAUGACCAGGGAAUCAAUGGAAUGCUUGCUGAUGAAAUGGGUUUGGGGAAAACUGUCCAGGCAAUCUCCUUCCUUGCGCAUCUUGCUGAGAAUGAGAACAUAUGGGGCCCUUUUUUGGUGAUCACGCCUGCAUCAACACUGCACAACUGGGCACAGGAGUUCAGUAAAUUUGCGCCUGCUUUAAAGGUGAUCUCAUACUGGGGGGCAGUGGCUGAGAGAAAAGGCCUCAGAAAGACCUGGCAGCAGAGAAAGCUGCAAAGAGAGGACGCGCCUUUUCAUGUUGUAAUUACAUCGUAUCAGUUGGCAGUUAGUGAUGAAAAGUACUUUUCAAAGAUAAAGUGGCAGUAUAUGGUGCUUGAUGAAGCGCAGGCAAUUAAGAGCAGCAGCAGCACAAGAUGGAAGACACUUCUUUCAUUCAAAGCAAGAAGUCGUCUUCUUCUGACAGGAACACCGAUUCAGAAUACGCUGCAGGAGCUGUGGGCUCUCUUGCACUUUAUCAUGCCCACCUUAUUCGAUUCGCAUGGAGAGUUUUCAGAGUGGUUUAAGAUUGAGGACGGAGACAGCGUGACAGAGGCAGCCAGGCUGAGAAUGGUUCUUCAGCCGUUCAUGCUGCGUAGAGAAAAGAAGGACGUGGCAGAUGAACUCGGGCAAAAGGUAGAGAUCAAUCUUGUCUGCGGCCUGACGCCAAGACAGAGAAGGCUUUAUGAAGGGAUCAGGGCCAGAGCACCCAUGGCAUCCUUCCUAGAACGCACGCUUCCAGAAGACAUUGAAGGCAUGGAGGGCCUUAUGAAUCUUGUCAUGCAGUUUAGAAAGGUGUGCAACCACCCAGAUCUCUUUGAAAAAAGAGAGGUUUCCUCGGGAUGGAGCAUGCCUGCAGUAACCAGCCAUAUACCAGGUCUACUGAUAACAGAGGCCUAUGGAAGAAAGAGGCCUGCCAGACAGCUCCUUCUGGAAGAAGACCCCGCCAAAAAGCAAAAGACAGAAAGAUGGUGCAUACAAAAGGAGACAAGGGAAGGGAUAGAGAGCACGCCAGAGGAAGCAAAUAUGCAAGGUAGAGACAGUGCGUCUGUUUCAGUAGAAGAAGCUGAUGGCUCUAAGCAUGCUGCAGCUCCUUGCACUGAGAGUUCUAUCUGUAGCAACAGCCAAGGUAUUAUUUAUGGCAGUGUAAACCCAAGAAUGUAUCAGAUUUCAUGCUCUGAUGAAGAGAAAAGACUUAAUGCAUUCCGCGGCCUGGUAAUUCCUAAAUGCCUUCCCCCAAACAAGAUAGUUUUCUCUACUGCACACAUCCCAGCAGAGACUGCCCCAGCGGAAAUGCGCAUGUCGGUCCUAGCCCCAGAUAUUCGAAUACCAUCCAUGGAGAGAUUUGUCCGUGAUAGUGGAAAGCUAGUGGUCCUGGAUAGUCUUCUUCUGAAGCUGAAGGCAGAGGGGCAUCGUGUUUUGAUGUACUUCCAGAUGACUAGAAUGAUUGAUCUGAUUGAGGAGUACCUCACAGUAAGAAACUACUCAUACCUGCGCCUUGAUGGAAGCAGCCGAAUUUCUAACAGAAAGGAGCUUGUGCGAGACUGGCAGACAAAUGAGGAAAGAUUUAUCUUCCUUCUGAGCACCAGAGCAGGAGGGCUGGGAAUUAACCUCACAGCUGCUGACACAGUUAUUUUCUACGAUAGCGACUGGAACCCAACAGCUGACCAGCAGGCCAUGGACAGAGCACACAGACUUGGGCAGACAAAGCAGGUUACAGUAUACAGACUGAUUACCGCAGGCACAAUUGAAGAGAGAAUUAUGGAGAGAGCAGGUGUAAAAGGAGAGAUUCAGAGAAUGGUCAUUGAAACAAAGGAGUAG